AUGGAAAGUGCCAGCGGCAACGUUGAAGAAGUCAAGAUGAAUAUCAUCGAAAGAGAACCAGAUUCGGCGAAUACCGCAGGACCAGCCCUUCAAACCGACCAACCCAAUCCUCAAAUAGGAGGGGAGGAUCUCCCUGACUACCGGGAGGAUAGUCCCGAUGAAUUUGGAAGGAUAUCAAUGGAAUUGUCGGACGCAAAACUAAAAUUGAAGCAAAGGGAGAGAGAGGUUGGUGAUCUUACGAGGAGAUGGAUAGAAGUGAGCAGCGACCUGGAUCGUACCCAAGAUUUGCUAGUCGUUACCCAGAAACGGCUUCUAGAAGUAAUGGAAGAGCGCGAUGAAUACGAGGACGAGAGAGAUAGGCUCGAAGAAGAUUUCCUCAAUCAUCGAGGAAGAGAAGCCGCUCUAAGAGAGGACGUCGCAUCUUUUGAACAACGUCUUCGACAGACGCAGGCCGAUCUCCAACAAGCACAGGAUAGGGAAACUGAAUUGGCUGGCCAACUUGAAGUCGAGCAAGAAGAUAACCCUCUGGCAAGCGACUUGCAAGACGAGCUAAGCGCGCAUCUCAUCGAAUCAGAGAAACUCAACGACGAACUACUUGCGGUUCGAGCAGAAAGGAACGUGGCGACCGAGAGGGUUGAGACGGCAAAGAGAGAAGUACGAUAUUUGAAUGGUAAGCUCGAAGCAGCAGAGAAAGAAGUACGAGAUUUGAAGGAUAAGCUCGGAGCAGCAGAGAAAGAAGUACGAGAUUUGAAGGAUAAGCUCGGAACAGUUAGACGGGAUGAAAGCAGCAACAACGCUGCGCAGGCACGGGUUGUGCAAGACAAGGACCGUCAAAUCAAGGACUUGAUUCAAGUUCGUGACAAUCUGAGAGCCGAAGUCAUCCUAAGGGGAGGAGACGUCGUUGGGAGCCUUGGGGAAGUCACGCGAGAGAGAUACAAUCCCGCACGGUGGGAAGAGGCUGGUCGACGGGAGAGAGAGGGUUUACAACGAAUAUUCAGAGAGGAAUGGGGUCCCGAGGGAUAUGGAAAUCUGCCAAGGGAAGAGUGGCCGCCAGAGUACCAGCCGGGAGUCCCACUACAAAACGACUUCAAUUAUCUUGCUGUGGUCGAAAAAACAAACAGGGGCGACACUGCGGAGAAGAAAUUGGAAGAACUCACGAUGAAAGUACACGAAACUUUCGAAAGCAUAAAUACUCUGUUUCCUGAACAAAAGUAUACGGGAGAGGAAACCGUCACUGAUCUGGAUCAUCUGGUGGAGUAUUUUGCAAGCGCAAAAGCUCGAAUUGAUCAGGCCAAUGAAGAAAUCCAGGACUUGCGCAGAGCCAGCGAUGGGGCUGUCUCCGGUGUUAAAGGAUUGGUCGAAGCUGAGGUCCGUCACCUUGAUGAUCUCGAAGAUCCAACCAACGUCAAGGUUGAAGGUGAACAUGACCUAGAACCUAGCCCGCCUCCAACCCAAAAGCAUGGUCGGUCAAAGUUAACCCCCGAGAAUGAGUCUUCGGCCCAGCUUCCACUACCCUCUGAUGAUACAAGCCUACCAGGAGUUCAAAGUCUCGAUGUUACUACACAAGACGAAUACCCCCGAGAGGAAGGCCAAUCUUCACAAGAAGGGGUUACUUCCGAUGAAAAUUUAGCCAGACGGGAAGAUGACGCGCCGCCACAGGACAAUGAUCUGGUCGAUAAUAUAUCCAGCCCUCAGUCAGUCCACCAACCCCUAGAAACCCCGGGAACCAAGACUGGCCCCGAUAUGGCAGAACUUGAACCUUCCUAUCCAUCAAUAACCGACAAGGCCCCAAUCGAAAAUGAAUCCCUGGUUGCCCAACCCUCAUUCCACGAACCAGAUGAUAUCCCAGUGAAGGUACACUACAGGGAUAUAGGGACACAGUCUGAUUUGAACGAGCUUAAGUCUCCAUCAGGCCACGACGAAGCCGUGCCUCAAGAAAAGACCAAGGCAGGUAUCCAUCAAAGCGAAGCUCAACCUCCCCAUAUCCCAAAGUCUGUCGCUGCACUCGGAGAGGGGCAGUCUAUAUCCAGUGCAGGAGUUCCUCACCCGCCAGCUCGCCGCCGCACACGUCCAAUAGGCACGGCUCCCACUCGCACAAGUACGAGAACGACUCGGAACCCAGCACCCGUCUAUACCAUCACUUCUCAAGGAAAGAAGAGGAAAGCCACUGAGAGCGCAGAAGGAGAGCCGUCGAAGAAGAAGUAA